AUGACCGUCACUUACUCCAGUAAAGUCGCCAACGCCUCCUUCUUCAGUUUCCACCGGCUGCUGCUGCGCUGGAAGGGAAGCAUCUACAAGCUGCUGUACCGUGAAUUCACUGUGUUCGUCCUGCUCUACACUGUCCUGAGCGUCGUGUACAGACUCGUCCUCUUUGACGAUCAGAAGAGACUGUUUGAGAAAGUUUCCAUUUACUGCGACAAAUACGCAGAGCAGAUCCCCGUCACCUUCGUCCUGGGUUUUUAUGUGACUCUGGUGGUGAAUCGAUGGUGGAACCAGUUUGUGAAUCUGCCGUGGCCCGACAGACUGAUGUUCCACAUCUCCAGCUGUGUUCAGGGUAAAGAUGAAUAUGGCCGCCUCCUGCGCAGGACGUUAAUUCGAUACGUGAACUUGACGUCGCUCCUCAUCUUCCGCUCCGUCAGCACCGCCGUCUGCAAGCGCUUCCCGACCAUGGACCACGUGGUGGAAGCAGGUUUUAUGACUACAGAGGAGAGAAAGGUCUUCGACAACAUCCGCUCACCUCACCUGAAGUACUGGAUUCCUGUGGUCUGGUUCUCCAACCUGGCGUCUAAAGCUCGACAAGAAGGACGAAUCCAGGACAGCAUCGACCUGCAGAACAUUCUCAAUGAGAUGAACCUGUUCAGGACUUGUUGUGCGACUCUUUUCGGCUACGACUGGGUCAGCAUCCCACUGGUCUACACACAGGUCGUCACUCUGGCUGUCUACACCUUUUUCGUGGCUUGUCUAAUCGGUCGACAGUUUCUGGACCCGACCAGGGGUUACCAAGGUCAUGACCUCGACAUGUACGUCCCUGUCUUCACCCUGCUGCAGUUCUUCUUCUACUCCGGCUGGCUGAAGGUCGCGGAGCAGCUGAUCAACCCGUUCGGAGAGGACGACGACGACUUCGAGGUCAACUGGAUCAUCGACAGGAACCUGCAGGUGUCGCUGUUGGCUGUGGAUGAAAUGCACAUGAACUUGCCUCACAUGACCAAAGACAUGUACUGGAACGACUGCGACGCUCGACCACCGUACACGCUGGCUGCUGCCGACUACUGCAUCCCCUCGUUCCUCGGCUCCACCACCGACAUGGGGCUCUCAGAUAUUCUCCAGUUUGAUGAAGCCGACGUUAGCGACAGUUGUCCUCAACAGCCCGAGUCUGUACUGACCCGGCACCAAGAGACGGUUCUUGGGCGAGUUCGCCGGCUGCUGAGCGUCCAGGAGCCUCCUGAGCUCCGACCUCCUCGACCCAUCUUCAAACGGCACAGCAGUGAUGCCACAGGAAGCUUCUUCCCAGAAUUCAGGCUCAGUCCAGGUGCAGGUGGCCUGGCACCGCCCACCUCCCUGGUCACCCCCCCUCCUCCCAUGGACACCUUGUCCACAUUGAGGGAGGUCAACAGUAGCCCCGCCUCCCCUGAGAUCUCCCCCUCGGCUGUGUUCCCCUUGCUUCUCAUCAGCCCGCCAGUGUUUGACGUCUGGAACAAGAUGGAUUCUUCUGCCGACGCCGAGGUGGUGAACGUCCACAACGGUUUGGAUCCUUCCUCCACGGAGGAGUCGCCAGGCCUGGAACAUCCAAGGGCCAGCGACUUGGUUUGUUGCUCCCCCACUCAAUUAGGACCGAAGGAAUUCCAGUGGACAGCAACAAAUAUCCAAAAUCGGCAAUCAGCUCGACCACGAAGGCGCCAGUUCUCCCUGCAGUUCUCCAGGCAGACGUCGAAGUCGUCGGUGCGCAGCCUGCCGAGCCCCAAGGGCCUGGGGAGGCGUAGGAGAUGUCUGGCUCAGUUCCAGUCCAGAAGAUCAACUGGUCCACCGGGCGACACGCUGCAGCUCCCGGACCACGAGCAGGACUCCGGCUUCCAGGGAACGACCGAGGACGACGAGUCCGACAGAACCAACCACAGCAAGGACGUCGAGAACAACAACUCCCAGUCACACAGUUCAGGAGAGAAAAGAGAAUCACUCACUUAGUCACAGAACACUGGGCCAACAGAACCCAACAGAACCAAACAGAACCAGUCACUAAGCUGACGACUUCAAUACUUGAACGAUUUGAAGCCUUAACCUUGGUUAAGUUAUCAGUUUGUUUGUUACUCGAAACAAAAAUAAAUCAAAUUUGGCAUAAACAAUUUUUGGGAUACCACCUAGUGACUAAUAGAGGAACUGAAGGUAAUCCACACCUAUUCCUAUUUUACACAGGUGUCUCUUCUCCAUCAGUUCUGACCGGAGCCGAUUUGAACCCGUGAACAAGUGGAGUCCUUGACCCGGACGUGAGAGAUGUGUCGACUCACAUCGCAGACAACAGACACACACUAGUGGGUUUUUAGGUGUUUUCAGCUCUGACUCCACAGACCAAACCAACCCCAUCAUGUGCUGCUCCUCAGGAUUAUUGACUUUAAAGGAUUCUAGAAAAUAUUUUUGGAACAAAAUCGACUGUUUAUUUGUAACGAUUGUGAUAUUCUCUGAUUUUGUAAAUGCACCUUGAAGUGAUGAAUUCACUUUAUCUGUUGCUGAAUCACCACAAAACACAUUUUUUGAAUAAAACAACCAUCAAAGACAAAUGACUUCUUAUCGAUAUAUUUAUUGCUGAUCCAGCUGUUAGCCACUGAUGGUUACUAUUUGCUCGGGUGCUUAGCGGUUGCAAAGCCGACCCGGUCCUGUCCUCGGUCGAAGACGCUGUAGAACUCGGUCAGAAAUACAUCUCCCAGAAUCCACAGGGGGCCCUGAGGGGAAAGAAUGUCCACGCUCUGGAAUCCACUGAAACACAUCUCCCUGUCACCCAGCAUCUCCUGGAGAUCAGAGCGGUUUCAUGUUACAGAACAGAAUGGGCCUUGUACUGGUAACAGAGCGCAGCCAGUAACAGACCAGUAGAGCCAUUACCUUCCUGACGUACUGUUCAGCAGUCA